AUGUCACCCAUUUGCCGCGUCGCAAUCAUUCAGUGGCAUAUCAAGGCCUUGGCCAUUGAAGAAAACCACGCAAAAGCAUGUGAUUAUAUUAUCCAGGCUGCUGCUGAUGGUGCUGAGAUAGCUGUACUGCCCGAGUACCACCUCAGCGGCUGGGCUCCCGAAGACCCCCGUUGGGCUGUUCAUGCUGGUGAUGCUGAAAAGUACCUAAGAAAGUACCAGGGUCUCGCCAAAGAACUAAACAUUUGCCUGGUCCCAGGAACCAUCAUCGAGAAGCAUCACGGACAUGACCGGGCUGACUCUUUUUUUAACACCGCAUACUUCAUCUCGAACGAUGGAUCUGUUCUUGGCUCAUACCGCAAGAAAAAUAUUUGGCACCCCGAGCGACCACAUCUCACUUCAUCAGGGCUCGAGCGUCAUGUCGCUAUUGAUACCCCCAUCGGUCGAGUCGGAAUGCUGAUCUGUUGGGAUUUGGCAUUCCCUGAAGCUUUCCGCGAGCUGAUUGCGGACGGAGCUAAUAUUGUCAUUAUUCCUACAUUUUGGACCCCGCAUGACGCCUCUGCUGAGGCAUUGCGUUACAACCCAGCUUCUGAGGCGCUUUUCCUGGACUCCACAUUGACAUCUCGCUGUUUUGAGAACACCUGUGGUAUCAUUUUUGUCAAUGCUGCUGGUCCUGAAAAGGAUUUCCUUGGUUUGUCCCAGGUCACUCUUCCUAUUGUGGGACCUGUAUCGAAAAUGGGCACAGAGGAAGGCUUCAAGGUUGUGGACAUGGAUUUGGGACUCUUGGAGAUUGCGGAAAAUAACUACAAGGUGCGCCAGGACAUUCAGAAAGAGGGGUGGCACUACCUCUAUCGCCAUAGUGAACAGUAG